AUGACAAGACUUACACCAACAAUGGCUCGUUUUUGCCAACAAGCCUCUUGUAUCUUCGAUGGUCCGCUGCACGACAAAGAAGACGGCGUGAAAGUAAGCUACUUAAGGUUGUGGGUAGGUGACAAAGGAUUAGAUUUAUUCGAAGGAUUCGCAUUCGCAAAGCCCGAAGACGAUUUGAAACUGAAGGUAGUGCUGCAGAAGUUUGAAGAGUACUGCGCGCUUAGAAAAAAAGCACAUUAUGGUUGCCUUGGAAUUCAAUGAAAGACACCAAGGAGAGAGCGAGAGUUUUGAAUCCUUUGCGAAAGAUCUGAACAUUUUCGUCAAAGAUUGUGACUAUCAAGAAGAGGAGCGUAUGGUUCGUGAUGCGAUCUUUUUCCGCCGUAAGUCCACAAAAGUUCCUGAAAAGUAUCUCGAUUUGGCCAAAGAAUUGACGUUUGAAAAAGCGGUUGAAAUUGGUCGAAACCACGAAAUGAAUUUAAACAGCCUGAAAAAACUAUCGAAGGGUGAAGCCAACUGUGAAUACCAUAGAAAAGAAGAAACAUGCAAAACAAAUGCGUCCACGAAUUAA